AGAAAAAACUAAAAAUUUCACUCUCUCUCUCUAAACUUUCAUCUCCCUCUCUCCUUCUUGUAUAAGAGUUCAGAAAAAAACUAAUUGCUGUCUCUCUCUUCUCUCUCAUUACAAUUUACUUCAUAAAGUCUUGUAAGGAUCUCGGAGAACUGAGUUUCUUCCCUCUGCCUCUGCAAAUUUUUUGUUCUUUUUGUGAAGAGAUCUGAGAACAGGAGGAAAAAUGGGGAAAUUGAAGUAUUUGAUGAUGAAAACAGAUGAGGCGAACUAUGACAUACUCAAUGCUGAUUUCAAUGAGCUUGGUAUGUCAGCUCGGAAGCUUGCCAAACAUGCCCUGGCUCUUGGAGGAACAGGCCUUGGAACAGCCAUUCUCAAAUGGUUUGCUACCUUCGCUGCAAUAUAUUUACUCAUAUUGGACCGAACAAACUGGAGGACAAACAUGCUGACUGCGCUUUUAGUUCCAUACAUUUUCUUUUCUCUUCCUUCAGUUUUGUUCUCUUUUCUAAGAGGAGAAUUUGGGAAAUGGGUGGCAUUCAUUGCUAUUGUUUUAAGGCUCUUCUUUCCUCGUCAUUUCCCAGAUUGGUUAGAAAUGCCUGGCUCUUUGCUUCUGCUUCUCGUCGCUGCUCCAAGCUUCUUCGCCCAUACUUUGAGAGACAGUGUAGUAGGUGUGGUGGUUUGCUUGAUCAUAGCUGCCUACCUUUUGCAAGAGCACAUUCGAGCUUCAGGAGGGUUCCGGAACUCCUUCACUCAGAGCCAUGGCAUCUCAAACACAGUGGGCAUCAUCAUACUUUUGGUAUAUCCCCUUUGGCAUCUGGUAGUUCUUUUUACCUAGAAUUCGCACUCCUAUUUCCCAGUGGUUUGAUACUGGCUUAAUACUCUUGGCAAAACUAUUCCAGUUCUUGUUUAUUGUUUGGUCAUGUGAACUAUAAAUUUGUUCCUCUUUUUGUCGUUUGGUUGAAUGAAUUGGACUCCUGUUGGUGACGUUUGAUGGCUUAAUUGUGUUAGUUUUUCCUUA